CGACAUAGAAAUUUCCAGGCAGCGUCAUUUCUCCAGAGAAACCUGAACGCAGCACUGAUGAAUUGAGGGUUGAGAAGGACGAUGAAAACAAAAUGGACAUCUCUCGAAAAUAGCCCCGUUGGAACUUCCCAAACAGCCUGAGGUCAGAAAACUGAGAGAGGCCAGAGUCAAGAGCCAUGGAGGCUCGCUUUGGUAAUAUUGUGUUUAGCUCCAAGUUUGACUCGGGGAACCUGGCACGUGUGGAAAAGGUGGACAAAGGCAACUCCAGCCCUCCCUCUGAUACAGCUUCUAGUGGAAGUUCCCCCUCAGGGUCAAACCUUACCCCUGACUAUGAGUUCAAUGUAUGGACACAGCCAGACUGCGCGGGCACGGCGCAUGAGAAUGGAAACAGAUCAUGGUUUUACUUCAGUGUGCGGGGAGCAGCACCUGGAAAAUUGCUGAAAAUCAAUGUGAUGAACAUGAACAACCAGAGGAAGCUUUACAGCCAGGGCAUGGCUCCGCUUGUACGCACUUUACCUGGCAAAAACCGAUGGGAGAGGAUUCGGGACAGACCCACAUCUGAGAUUGUGGAUAACCAGUUCAUCCUUUCAUUCACUCACCGGAUGUUGGAAGUGCGGGGAGCAACCACCUACUUCUCCUUUUGCUACCCAUUCUCUUACAGUGAGUGCCAGGACAUGCUGCAGCAGUUAGAUGAGAACCAUCCCAAUGCUGCUCAACUUAAUCCGAGCAGUGCACCAGGCACUGUGUAUUACCAUAGGGAGUUGCUGUGCCACUCACUAGAUGGAAAUAGGGUGGACCUGCUCACUGUGACCAACUGCAACGGGAUGCAGGAUGAAAGAGAAGCCCGUCUGCCUAAGCUUUUUCCUGACACAACCACUCCAAGACCACAUCGCUUCCCCUGCAAAAGGGUGUUUUUCCUAAGCAGUAGAGUGCAUCCUGGAGAAACCCCCUCAUCUUUUGUGUUUAACGGUUUCCUCAACUUCAUUCUAAGAAAAGAUGACCCACGUGCACAUGUGCUGCGAAACAUGUUUGUGUUCAAGCUCAUUCCCAUGCUCAACCCAGAUGGGGUUGUCCGCGGACACUACAGAACCGAUUCCAGGGGUGUGAACCUGAACCGACAAUACUUGAACCCCAGCCCUGAACUGCACCCUUCCAUUUAUGCAGCCAAAGCGCUGUUGCUCUACCAUCACACACACAACCGAUUGUACAAUACACAGUCCAGCACUCACCACACCGGCCCUCCACACUCACAUACUACACCUUUCAACAUUAAAGCCCCAAAUCAGCAUCAAACUCCUCCCCUCUCUGCCCUUGAAGUCAGCUUGAACCAACGAAAUGCAGAGAAAGAUGCAGAUCCUGCGCAACCGGAUGUUCCCAUGGCGAUGGAGGAAAACUCCUGGGCCACCACAGAGAUUGGGAAAGGAGACCAGAAUAUUUCAUCGAGCUCACCAGAGUCGGUAGCUCCUGUAGCUCCUGUUGCUCCUGUUGCUCCUGUUACAGAAGAGGUAGCUGUACCAGAGGUGGAGGAACAAGAAUUAGUGCCACCCCAUGAGGGGGGCGUUGCAUAUUAUGUGGACUUACAUGGACAUGCCUCAAAACGUGGAUGCUUCAUGUAUGGAAAUAGCCUUACUGAUGAGAGCCAGCAGGUGGAGAACAUGCUGUAUCCAAGGCUGAUAGCCGUGAACUCUGCCCACUUUGAUUUCUUGGGCUGUAACUUCUCGGAAAAAAACAUGUAUGCGCGAGACAAGAGAGAUGGCCAGUCCAAAGAGGGCAGCGGUCGGGUCGCCGUUCACAAGGCAAUAGGGCUGCUUCACAGUUACACAUUGGAGUGCAACUAUAACACAGGAAAAUCCAUGAACACUAUUCCGCCUGCCUGCCAUGACAACGGACGGGCAACCCCCCCUCCACCUCCAUCAUUCCCUCCAAAAUACACUCCAGAAAUAUUUGAGCAGGUGGGACGUGCUGUGGCUAUCGCCGCCCUGGAUAUGGCGGAGUGUAACCCCUGGCCACGACUGGUGCUGUCUGAGCACACCUGCCUGGCAAAUCUCCGAGCCUGGAUCCUCAAGCAUGUGCGCAACACCAAAGGUCUGAACACACACAUCAAUGCUCACCCAACCCCAAGAAUACACCACAAUGGCAGCAAGGUGUCACCACCAAAGAGCUUCAACAACUGUCUGUCAGGAUCAGCAUCAGAGAACACCCUCAGCCGCGUUCGCUGCAACAGCCACAGCUACAGCAGCAGCCAGACACCCUCUCCAAAGAUGCAUAGCUCCCCGAGCUUUACCUUCGGCUGCCCACCACCGCGGACUCACAUACAGCACAACAGCACGCACAACAGCACGCACAACGGCACGCACAGCAGCGGGCGUGGAGGCAACAAGACACUGGGACCAGUCAGGGACACUAAGCCUCAGGAGAAGAGACGCCCCCCUCACCACCGCUCCAUCCUACGGUCUCCCAGCAACAGCCACACAUCCACCCGUCCCCCACAAUCACCCCCCUCCUCCUCUUCCUCCUCGUCUUCCUCUGUGUGUGCAGCCGGCUCCUGUCCACUCCCAGCCUCCGUCAGUAUGACAGGCCUCAGCUGUCCAGACUUACAGGCUGGUGGCACCAGUUCUGCAGGCUGGUCCAGAUUGCCUUUUCCCACGCGUCCUGGGCGUGGAGGGAGAGGGUGUCGGACUCUUUCAAUCACUCAUCGCCCCACAGAGGCCGUUAGAGAGACUACUAAAGACUCUGGACCUGAGCACAUCCUUACCUCCAUGAAAUGUAGCAAGUGUGAGCUGCAGCCUCAUAUGAGCCGCAUCCCCAUCCGGAGGGCGGAGUCAACAGACACUCCUCCCACACACAACAGUAAAACAUCUCCCACCAGCACUAACCCAGCUCCACCUGCAGAUAAAGAGGUGUCAGCCACCAUGAAGGUCUGGAAGCUGCUCAGACCCAGUCUCCACAAACGGCAGUCACUGUCAGGUGUAUCAGAGAAAGACGGUGCCAUACAGCUGGCCUCUAAAGCUCUAAUGAUCAAGAGCAUGGACAAGAGUUUCCACCACACAGGAAAUGCUAUCUUAGAAUCUGCAGCAGAAACAGAGGGAACACAACAGGUGGAGGAGACUCCAGUGGUACCUGCACCUGAGGCUGUAAAUAUGUGUGAUACAGUGACCCUGUGUGGAGAAGCCUAGGAACUGCAAAGAAGGCUACUAUUUUAACUUUGUGUGAAGUGAAUUCAAAAUUAUCCUAAAAUAAAGUAGUAGACUUUGUAGUUACAGAAGGAUUAUAUGGGGCUUGAUAAUGUGCAAUAGAACAAUUUUAUUGUUCGUGGACAGGUAUGUUGUUUCAGCCACGCUGUUCAACAUUCAGAAUGAAGAGCUUGUCUUUACAAACACUGAGUAACUUAUUUUUUCCAGAAACAGCUCAGGGUUAAGUGCCUUGCUCCAUGAUGCUACAACAGUGGAGUGGAGGAGUAGCACAAAAUAAACCCCCUUGAAAUUUUCCAGUUGAGCAAGAACCUAUACUUGAAAUAUCCUUUAACAUUUCAGCUACAUUUCUCUUUGUGAAUUGUUUUUACUCCCUUCUUUCUGCUGUCCCCUCCUAACACAUAUAUGUUCCACACUCUGACCAAUCCUUUUAUGUACUGUAAAUAUUUUCAGUCAGCCACUUGUAAUAUUACAGCAAAGGGCUGUUUUUUUUUUAUUGUUGUUGAUGAGCACAUCACCUUUAUAACCUCAAAAAAAAAAUGUUUGAGUUACGUGUGCUAUUAUUCCAGAUUCUGUGUGCUUUGCAUAUAAUGCUUUAUAAAAAUGUUUUCAUCCCAGAGGACUUUCUCUUUGUUUUUGUGACACUGAUCAUUACCAGAGAAGAAAUACAGCUCAGAUUAAACAGAAAAGUGAUGCUUUAUGCUGUAUGAAAAUUAUGUUGCUAAAUAAUCCCAGUUGUAGGCUGUUGCAGAGCUCUCAUACUACUUAGUGAUCACCUUUGUGGUUUUAGGAUUGUGUGCAGAAGGUCCAACUCAGAGUAGGUAUUAAACAUAGGUUCAUAAAAAUGACAAAAAAAAAA